AAUGACGUCAUCCAAACAUGACAGACCUCCUUCAAAAAAUCUGUCAAUACACGUUUGUGAAAUUAUUAAAAUUAGCCGACUGAUAUGGGAUCAACGUCAUGAUGGUGAUGCUGCUGCUUCUUCAUACCUGAAUUGGGCCAGAAUAGUUUGACAAUGCAACUUUCUUAACUAGUUUGUGAGGUCAGUGCUAAAAAACUGCGGCCAUUUAGUGAUUUACCCGGGGAUUUAGCUCAUGUCCAAAACGAAUGAUUGCACCACAGAUUUGUGAUAAUCCCACUGGAUAUGUGUGCGGAGAGAUUGCAUGAGCGGGUACCGUAAUGGUCACUCACACUAGAGCGAGGAAAUGAUGCUGGUGCCGAGUGCGAGUGGUGGUGCCCUAACGUAACCCAGGCCAGGAAUAUUGAACAUCAUGGCAAAUCAGAUUCCUGUUAACAUCCAGUCUUCUCUGGCUAUAUGUACAUCAUUGACAAGUCUCAUUGGGAAGUCUUUUGGGCCAAAUGCUCAGCUAGUGAUGUACACCACCUCCACAGGAAAGGUUUUGCUGACAAGUGAUGGGAGAUCAAUUCUUGGAGCCCUGCAUGUGUCUCAUCCCAUUGGACGUUGGCUGAUUGAUAGAGUCGUAACUUUUGCUCACCAAACAGGGAACUACACAAAGUCAUUUCUUUUUAUUAUGAAUAAAAUGGUGGAGGAUAUUUCCCAUGAGAUAACCGCCUCUUUGCAUGGUCCGGAUCUGAGAUGCAAAACCAUUAUAAGAGAACAAGUCAUACAACUUGUCAGAGCACUCAGUGUUGUAAAGCAGGAAAUUUUCCAAGAGAAGGUCCUUCCUGCUCUAGUGGCAAAAUCUCAGUGUUUUUCAGCUUUUGACUUCAAGGCAAUAAAUACAUAUGGGGAAAAUUUGAUACACACAUAUCUACAAGGCAGAGUAAGCUUGAGACAGUCAAAUUUCAUGUCAAAAUUACUUUGGAAAUUUAUUAAUGGAUAUGCAGGGAGUACUGAAGCACCUAUAUUGUCUUUAAAGGAGGCUGUGCUUGCCUUACAGGAUAACUUUCAUGUAGCUUCUGUCAAAGUUGUGGGUUUACCAUUGGAGUCUUCAAGCAUAAGAAAGGGAAUAAUCCUUAGCAGAUGUUUUGUCAACAAAGAUUUGAAGGAAAGAAAAUGUGGAGUUGAAAAGAAGAGCAUCAUAAUAUUUGGAUCUGAUCUUUCUAAGACUGCUGUAGAAGCAGAUGCUACGAUAUCAGCAAGGACAGUUCAAGCUCUUGUUCACAACAUGCAACACACAAGACUUCAGAUGAUGAGAAUUGUCAAUCUACUACAAGAUAAUAACAUUGAUGUUGUCUUAUGUUCAGAAUGUCUUCCUGCUACCCUCUUAUCUCUUCUUCACCAUGCAUCUAUAACAGUCAUCCAAGCAGUACCUGUGGAGGAGCUGCAGAGACUAAGCCAUGUUACUGGGAUCAACAUCCUGUACGAAAUGCCCAGGGAGUUUGAUGAUUCCUGCGUUGGGAUUGCUGAAGAAGUUCAGGAAGUCACAAUUGGCAAUCAUCGUUACAGCCAAAUUGUGAUGAGAGAUGGUCCAGGAGGAGGUCAACUUGUUCUAUGUGCCCCAAGUGAAGGUAUGUGUAGGGUGUUGUCUAAUGCUUCCAUGGGUGCAAUAACAUGUGUCAAGAUGUGGCUUGAUGGAGAUGAUGAUAUAAUUGCAAGGUCAGUUGGGACUGAAUACUUAAGGUCCAAAGACCAAUCUUACAGUGCAGCUUCCAAAGUUGAAUCUUCUGAGAUCUGUAUGAAGCCCAAGCAGAGUAAAGCAUCUCAAUCAGUGUGUAAUGGAAGCAUUAGGGAAUGUGAAACCAACGAUGAGAUGCAAACAGGAUAUCUAAUAUCUGGAGGUGGCGCUGCAGAGAUCAUUGCAAGAGACAUACUCACUCAGAAUCUUCCUAUGCACAAAGAUAACUACCACCUGUACACUGCCAUCAGAAUUAUAUCGAAUGCCCUGCUAUGUAUACCUGAAAGAAUCCAUCGGAACUCAUUUGCUGCACAAUCCAAAGACAGUCGCUCAUUUAUCAAGAUUAUCAACAACAUGCAGAGUAUGUGCAGGGACCAACGCUGUGAAGCAUGGGGCAUCGAUGGGCAAACUGGAGAGCCAAGUUGCACAUUCAAUAGAGGUGUUGUUGAGGUACUUAGGGGGAAAUUUUUGCUGUGGAUCAAUGUCAUUGAGACUGUCAUUGAACUUCUCAACAUGGAUACCAUAAUUCCAGUGCAGGGGAACUUGAGAGGAACUGGGAAUGAAGAUGAUAAGUUUGAUAUACCAAUAUGAUGUUGUGUCAGAGAGACUUACACCUCCUGAUGUCUAGAGAUCAUCUUUUGCAGGAAGACUUGGAAGCAAGACGAAAAAGAAGAAGUCAGCAUGGAAGAUUGGAUGACUAUUGGCUACUGGUUGAA